UCUCUCUCUCUCUCUCUCUCUCUCUCUCUCGAAAGAGUUCAAUCUGCAUGAUCGACCCUACUCUGUUUUCUUAGAGGUCUUGGAGCUCACAAGGCAUUGUGAGGUCAACUUUGAUUAACUGUGAGACAUAUCCUUGUGUCUUCUUCAUUCUUUGUUUCCAGAUCGACUAGGGAUUAUUCAUUUUGGUUUGAAAUUCAAAAUUUUCCAAGUUUUGGAGAGUAGAUUUGUGGGACGACAAUUCCUCUUCACUUGAUAACUCCGUUUGGUUGCUGGGAAAAUGUUGGAAAUGGAAAGAAAGAAAUCUAAAAUCUGAAUUUUGAUUUUCUUGGUUAUAUAUGGGGUCCAAGAAAACAUUACAAAAAAGAAAAAAAGAAAAAAGACCAUAAUGCCUUGAUAUAUCAAAUUUGUUUUCUUUUUCUUUUGUGUUCCUCAUUUUGUAGCUUUGAAUAGAUAUUUCUCUCUGCAUUUUUUAAUCUUGAUUUCUGAAUCUUCUCGUUUUCAAAUGGGUAUCUAAUUCUUUGCAAUUAUUGGAGAAAUAUUGAUUUUGGUUGUACAUGUUGAUUUUGUUUUCUAGUUGGUUGAUGCUCAUUUUGUAUUUCUUGAUCUCGUCUCUUUGCUUGGUUCAAUUUGACGGGCUUUAAUUGCUCUGUUUUCUAGAAGUUUUUACCCAAUUGUUUUUUCUUGGUAAGCUUUUACCCAAUGGUUUUGUUUGUACUGUGUUAAAUUGUCAACUACUGAUGUUUAAGGACUCAUCAACUAAUGUACUGGGUUGCAUUUUCUGUCAAGCAUAAAUUCCUGAAAAUGGAGGUAAGAAUAUGAAAGUUUUUGCUAUGAUUCAGAACAUAAAAGGGAAAUUUAGCAGCAUAUGUACAGAAAAUAUAAAAAUAUUUGUCUGAAAGGCUGUCUACUACACAAUCACUAGUGGUUCUCUUCUGUUGCCACAAAAAUUAUCACUAAAUUGCCUCAUAGAAGUUGUUAAUUGUUGCAAUGCUCACAAAUUGUGCCAAAUGAUGAUAAAUCAACCUGGGGUAAAUUAAGGGUCUAAAAGUCAUGGCUCUUUGGUAUUAAACAGCUCUAUACCUUAUUUAUAUUUUCUGAUAAAAUAUAUUCGGGCGCAUUCCUGACUUUAGGAAGAAAUGCAUGACUUAGUAGAAAGCCCAGUUCAAGCCAUAUAGGUUCGUGAUUCAACUUUGAUUGUUAUGACUCGUACCACGGUUGAGUCCUAUUAUAGGCUGUGAUUCCUGGUUUUUAAUCUAGCUGCCAAGGGUUCUUCCUUACCUAGCUCAGGAAAGAGGUGCCAACUAACUUACAUUGAUUCUUAUUGUAGAAAGGGGGAAUUAGAAGUCCAAAUUUGUAUAUCAGUAGGCAACUAUGAAGCACGAACACUUCUAAGAAGGUGACAUGUCCAUGUCGGACACCGACACUUUUCAGACACUUCCCAAUGCAUGUCAGACACUCAUCCAAAUGUGUCUUAUUUUAUUUUAUCUUUUUUUAGAUCUGGACACUUUUUGAACACUUGGGGAUGCGCGUGUCCAUUGUUUGGACACACAUAAAACUAAUUAUAAGUUUGAACAAAAUAAUCUAGGGUACAAAGACAAAACAAAAUUAAUGUAGAUUUACAAAAAUUAGUGCUAUGUUGCUUUUUUUUUGUUAUUAUCUUUGAAUGAUAUAUUCAUAUAUACAGCAUAUAAUAAAUAUAUAAAGAAUUAUAUAUUUUAUGUGUGUCCUUCAUGUGUCAUGUCCUAUAUUUUUUGAAAAUUGUUGUAUUGACAUGUUCGUGUCGUAUCACUUGUCUGUGUUCACGCUUCUUAGAAUCUUAGGUAGGCAAUAAGGGAUAGAAACAUGCCACAAUGUCAACAAAGUGGCUGAAUGGUGUAUUCGUCAAGUGAUUCCUAUAAUGAACUUGAAGUGAUUCCUAUAAUUGCAAGUUUUGCACCAAAGCAUUUUAUUUUUUUAAUCUAAAAAGCCAUUCCAUCUAUUAUUUGAAUAUAUUGAAUUUUGUCUCUGUCUUUGCAUUCGGUUUGUGGAUACGUAGGUAGCUGCUUGAUGGAACUCCACCACACUUGGAGAUCCAAAGUAGAAAAUAUCAGUGUUUUAUGCAAAUCACUGAUUGGAGAUCAUCAUUUUCAUUUAGAAUCAUCAAAUUGCAAUGUUUAGCAGUUUCAGGAGCUGAAAACAAUAUUUUCUAGCACUGGAUUCUAAUGGCCUUAUUUCACUCUUGAUUUUUGAAUUUAAGAUAUUUACCUUUUAUUUCAUUCUAUUAGAUUCAGAGUCUUUUCUGGAACCAUUUCUUUACCUCCCUAGCAGUGUGUAGCUUUUUAUACACCAGUUGUACAUGGUUGUGCAUCUGUUUUGGUGUCUUUAAAGACAAACAUUACUUUGAUUAUCUGGAAAAUUAGAUGCUCUAGGUUGUUAUGCUUUGUUUUGUACUUUUACUCGCUUACGAUAUUUCUUUAGCAGCCUGUGAGUUCCCUAUUCUGGAGCCCCUUCUCACUUCAGCAGCUUGUCCUUUAUUUCACUUUGUCCUGAUAUGCAUUUUGUUGCAGGUUUCAUGAGUCUUAUCUGAAUUUAGAAACCCUUGCCUUUCUAUUCUCUAAGGCCAGUAAACAUGAAGGAAGAAAAUCUUGCUAUUGCUAAUGUUGGGGAGCCUACUGUUAGAAUGACACGAGCUCAAGCUGCUGCUUGUCAUGCAUUUGGAGGGAUUCCACCUUCUGAAGCACUGAAGCAGCAAGGUCAAAAGCAGGUUUUACGGACAAGUUCAAAAAGAGCAGCUUUAGAUGAGAUGAAUAGCAGUGCUUCUGCUGCUGCACCUGUUCAGCAUAAGAGGAGGGCAGUGCUUAAGGAUGUCACAAAUGUUUGCUGUGAAAAUUCCUAUAAAAACUGCCUCAUUGCAGCUAAAAUUCUGAAAAAGAAUAGCAAGCAGGCCAAUAAAGGUUCAGUGAAUGUUUCCAAGGUUGCCCCCAGUGUAGCAGUCCAAGUGCACCAGCUUCCAGCUGAUUCCAAAACAAACAUUGCUCAAGAAACUGCAAAUACAGAACUUAAAUCCUUAAAAGUUGAAUGUCCGGUGAAGGAAAGCAACAUAACCUCUCAGCUAUGUGCAGUGAGUAAUGUGAAAGGUUGUGAGAUUGACAAACCUCAACUCGGAAAACAAAGUAUUGGAAUAGCUCAGCUCGGAAAACAAAGUAUUGGAAUGCCUUCACAACUACAAAACUUUUCAAAGAGAGAGAAAGUUGGCGUUUGUGGGAAGUUGAUGUCUACCAAUCCGGAUGUAAGAGACAUUGAUUCUGAUCACAGGGAUCCUCAGUUGUGCAGCCUCUAUGCCCCUGAUAUCUAUAGCAAUUUACGUGCUGUGGAGUUUAUUCGAAGGCCAUGUUCUAAUUUUAUGGAAACAGUGCAGCGUGAUAUCACUCAGAGCAUGCGGGGUAUUUUAGUUGACUGGCUCGUGGAGGUAUCUGAGGAAUUCAAGUUGGUGCCAGACACACUGUACCUCACUGUGCAUCUUAUUGACCUGUUUCUCUCUCAAAACUACAUCGAAAGGCAAAGACUAAAACUACUUGGCAUCACCUGCAUGUUAAUUGCCUCGAAGUAUGAAGAGAUUCAUGCACCGCGUGUGGAAGAAUUCUGCUUUAUCACCGACAACACUUGCCCUAGAGGAGAGGUACUAACAAUGGAGAGUCAAGUCUUGAACUAUUUGGGAUUUCAACUUGCUGCACCCACUGCAAAAUCGUUUUUGAGGAGAUUUUUGAGAGCAGCACAAGCAAUCUACAAGACCCCUAGUCUUGAAUUGGAAUUCUUGGCAAAUUAUCUAGCAGAAUUGACAUUAGUUGACUAUGAGUUCUUGAAGUUCCUUCCUUCCAUAAUUGCUGCAUCGGCUGUAUUCCUUGCCAGAUGGACAUUAGAUCAGUCAGGCCACCCAUGGAAUGCAACACUGGAACACUAUACAAGUUACAAGGCGUCAGAUCUGAAAACCACGGUUCUUGAAUUACAAGGUUUACAAUUGAAUGCCAAUGGUUGCCCUCUUAAUGCUAUACGUGCGAAGUACAGGCAAGAUAAGUUCAAAUCUGUAUCAGCUUUGUCCUCCCCAGAACUUCUCCAAACACUGUUCUAAUGGAGUACUAACAUAUCACAGUCACUUUUACCUUACCAGAUGGGAGUUUCCUCCAGAUUUUGGCCGCUCGCUCUUCCUGGAGGUUGUAGCUCUUGUCUAAUCUUAAUCUAUUUUUUGUUCCUUUCUCAUUUGCUUCUCCAUUUAUAUUCGUUUUCGACUUGGUUUCUUAUCUUCCUUUUCAAUAUCUGUUCAUAAUUUUAUUUUUUUUCAACUUCUGUUAGGGUUUGGUUCUUCCAAACCUGGCUUUUGUAAGUUGAAUCCAAGAUCUAGGCAUGUUUAAAGCCAGUAAAUGUUAAAAUCUGUCUUUGUUUGCAAACUAUAGGUUGUAAGUUAGCAAGAAGAUGAAUGGCAUUAACUGUAUUAACUUUUGUUGCUAAUGCAUCCACUUUAAUGUA